CCAAACACGCCUCCUUGGUCUGUCAUGCUGGAUGUCAUGUAGUUAAUGUUGGCUUCACGACUAUAUUUUAAAACAACGCUUAACCCAAAUGCCGUUUUCUGACACCGGAAGUCAUUUCUAGCGUUGCCUUUUCUUUCUUUCUUUCUUUUUUUUUUGAAUUGCUUCUUUUGGUUUGCUGGUGAGCUAACUCUCGGCUAACGCUAACUAACUUACCCUCUGGUUGCAUCAUUAGUGUCAUAUGUCUUGUAUUAUUCUCACAGUUUGUACAGGUCGGUUAAAUCCUAUUAGGACUGAUAGUCAGGUAGUAAUGGCUGCUUCUCGUUAUUGAUAGCUAAUGCAGUCAAGCUGUACCUGUCUAUGGAAGAUGCUUCUCCAGAGGUUGUGGUCCAGACUUGGAGCUCGGUGGUCUGCAGGGACCAAACCAGUUUGUAGUUUGGCCACAGUCACGCUCUCCAAGUCUAUCCAGCCACACAGAUAUGAAUCCAAAGCCAGGACUCACUCUGGUCCCUGGACAUAUUCAAAGACUUGUCAUUUUAACUCUCUUCACCCACAGCGUACAAGACAUGUUCUGUCUUCUUUGCCUGGAUUUCAGAAUCUCACUACGACUUCAUCAGCUGACCCUGGGACACUGAGUAACUGUAGAAAUGGACAGAUGCGUUUUUACUCUUCGGACAUUAUAAAGUCGGUGUUAAAAUCGACUUUAAAACCGACUGCUGCGGCUGGAAAAAGGGCUCCCAAAGGACCGCGGACCAAACAGCCUUCUCGAACCAACCAGCCUUCCCUGAAGGAGGACGAGGACAUGAUGCGAUGCAUCGCCUUUGCAACAGCAGAUCAGUAUCAUUUGCCAACGCUCUGCCACGACUUGACAAGCCACGGCUUCUAUGAAAUAGAUUUGCCCAGGGACGCCUCAAAUGUGCUGGUGAUAAGCACAGACAAGACUGCAAAACCAGAUGACCACGCUGUCAUGUUCUUUUUCAGGGAAGGCUCUGCAGUUUUCUGGAACGUUGAAGACAAAGCGAUGAAAAGUGUUUUGAGAAUACUGGAGCAUCAUGAGAUCCAGCCUUAUGAAGUAGCGUUAGUCCACUGGGAAAAUGAGGAGAUCAACUACACUUUAGAAGAGGGAAAUACAAAGCUGGAACACGGCAACUUUGUUAUGUGUAACGGGAUGAAUGAACUCGAAUCUGUUCUGGAGAAAUUCGCAUUUUCAAAUGCGCUAAGUUUGUCUGUGAAGCUGGCGAUAUGGGAGGUGGCGUUAGAUAACUUCGUGGAGUCAAUUCAGUCUAUUCCAGAGACACUGAAGUCUGGUAAAAGAGUUAAGUUGUCCUCUGCAGAAGUUAUGCAGAAGAUAGGAGAACUUUUUGCAUUAAGACACUGUAUAAACCUGAGAUCUGAUCUGCUGCUUACGCCUGAUUUCUACUGGGACAGAGAAAACCUGGAGAAGCUCUACGACAAGACCUGCCAGUUCCUCAGCAUCAACCGCAGAGUCAACGUUGUGAACCAGAAGCUGGAACAUUGCACACAGCUGACAGACCUGAUGAGGAGCCACCUGAGUGAGAAGCACAGCUUGAGGUUGGAAUGGAUGAUAGUCAUCCUCAUUACGAUUGAGGUUAUGUUUGAACUUGCAAAAAUGAUCUUCUAAACUGCUCUUCUGAGAAUGUACGAAUCCAUAAAGGAAACCAGAAGCUCCAAAGGAAGAAUGGUACACGGUACAAAGGUACUCGAUAAGUGACACUGAAACGCUGCAAAUCUGAAACGGUGAAGGGGACCGAAAUAGUUUUGAAUGUCUUAUUCUUUAUGUUGUACAAUAAAUGCAUCUCAGCAAUUGGAUUGCAUAGACAUAAUCUAUUUAUUGAUUUUGUAAAAAAUAAUAAUAAGUUGGACUUUUAAACUUUUGAGAUCACCAUAGUUUUAUUUCACUUUUUACAUCAUGUGCAAACUUUUGUGGUCCAGUGUAGGUGUCUUGUCCAAUGUUUUUUAAAUUGACUCGACAUGUGAUACUGGUAUUAAAAAAAAAAAAUGAAAGGGAAUAUUUCCCCAUUUAAUAAAUCCAAAACUGUGAAUGCUGUGUCUUGGAAAAUGCAAUAAAAUCUUUAUUUAAAAUGUUA